AUGCACAAGAAUAAGAAAGCCUGGUUUUCUGAAAGUGUAAGCAGACACAUUUGUGAUCUUUGGGUAACUGAAGGCGGACUCAUCACAAACUGGUGUUCAGCUGAUUUCUUAUUUAGCAAUGAUGCUGCUCAUCCUGACACACAAAGAAUCUUUGAGAGUUUGGAUUUUGUGGAGGACAAGGCUACAGUAUUUCAUGCUAGUUAUCUUUCGGCAUGUGAAGACUCUGGGCUCAAUGAUAGUGUAGCUAUGGGUCACUUUCUGCUUCCUCCAUCCUGCCUUCAUGAAGAAAUUCGAGCAGCAGUUGGAAAUUUCAUUUGGGAGAUGGACAAUCCUUUACAACCUCAGCAGAUGUACCCCGUAAACAACAUGGUUACUGGUUUUAUCUCUAUUGACGAGCUGAAGAAGUACCCAGGAGAUUUGUAUGACUUCAUUCCAGGCACCGCAGGUUAUUCAGUCUGCUGUGCCCAUAGAGACAAAAUAUUUUCAGUUUUAAAAAGCAGAAACAGGAACCACACAUUUAUUCAUACAAAUUAA